AGGCGCGGAUGGAUCAAAUCAGGCAAAUUAAAAAAACUACGAUUUCUAUUCUGAAAUUUGUUUGGAGUGAGUGAGGGAUGCUGAAGGCAGGGCUGCAGCUUCAUUAUUGUUAGUAGCAUUUCAAUUCAGUCCCCAAAUCUGUUUUUUCAAAAAAUGAGUUCUAAAGAAAGUUGCAGAAUCGAGCUCCGCACUGCUAUUCGCCAACUCAGCGACCGUUGCCUUUACUCUGCUUCCAAAUGGGCAGCAGAACAGCUUGUCGGAAUCGAGCAAGACCCAGCUAAGUUCACGCCUUCAAACACGAGAUUUCAGCGUGGAAGCUCGAGUAUACACAGAAGGUUCCGCACCAAUGAGAUUACUUCCACACCUCCCACUGGUGUUGCCUAUGUGUCCACUCCGGUGAUGGAGGAAGAUGAAGCCAUACAUGGUGACUUUUACCUUCUUGCCAAGUCAUACUUUGAUUGCCGAGAAUAUAGGAGAGCCGCUCAUGUGCUUCGGGAUCAAACUGGAAAGAAAUCCGUGUUCUUGCGAUGUUAUGCUCUUUAUCUGGCUGGAGAAAAACGGAAAGAAGAAGAAAUGAUAGAACUUGAAGGGCCCUUAGGUAAGAGUGAUGCUGUUAAUCGUGAAUUGGUUUCUCUAGAGAGGGAGUUAGCAACUCUUUGCAAGAAUAACACAAUAGAUCCUUUUGGGUUGUACUUGUACGGUCUUGUGCUUAAAGAGAAAGGUAAUGAAAAUCUUGCCCGCAAAGUUCUUGUGGAAUCUGUGAAUAGUUACCCUUGGAAUUGGAGUGCCUGGUCGGAGUUACAAUCCUUAUGCACUACAGUUGACAUCUUGAACGGACUCAAUCUCAGCAACCAUUGGAUGAAGGAGUUCUUUCUUGCUAGUAUUUACCAAGAACUCAGGAUGCAUAAUGAAUCGUUGUCAAAAUACGAAAAUCUACAGGGUAUGUUUACUUUUAGUAAUUACAUACAGGGUCAAAUUGCAAAAGCCCGGUAUAGUCUAAGGGAAUUUGAACAAGUUGAAGUGAUAUUUGAAGAUCUUUUAAGGAAUGACCCGUAUCGAGUAGAGGACAUGGAUACAUAUUCUAAUGUGCUCUACACAAAGGAAUGUUUCUCCGCCUUGAGUUAUCUUGCUCAUAGGGUCAUUAUGACUGAUAAAUACCGUCCUGAGUCUUGUUGCAUUAUCGGAAAUUACUACAGUUUAAAAGGGCAGCAUGAGAAGUCAGUCGUGUAUUUUAGGAGGGCGCUCAAAUUGAACAAAAACUAUUUAUCUGCUUGGACUUUAAUGGGCCAUGAGUAUGUCGAGAUGAAAAACACUCCUGCUGCAGUUGAUGCCUAUAGACGAGCUGUGGACAUAAACCCUCGGGAUUAUCGAGCCUGGUAUGGUUUAGGACAAGCAUAUGAGAUGAUGGGCAUGCCCCACUAUGCUUUGCAUUAUUUUCGGAAAUCUGUUUUCUUUCAGCCUAUUGAUUCUCGGUUAUGGAUUGCUAUGGCUCAAUGCUAUGAAUCUGAGCAGCUGCACAUGCUCGAGGAAGCCAUCAAAUGUUACAAACGUGCCGCAAAUUGUAAUGACACAGAAGCAAUCGCCCUGCAUCGACUAGCAAUAUUACAUAGAGAACUCGAUCAACCUGAGGAGGCUGCAUUCUAUUAUAAGAAGGAUUUAGAAAGAAUGGAAGCUGAAGAGAGAGAAGGACCUAAUAUAGUCGAAGCGCUGAUGUUUCUUGCUACGCACUACAAAACACAGAAGAAAUUUGAAGAAGCAGAAGUGUAUUGUACCCGUCUUCUAGAUUAUACCGGCCCGGAGAGGGAAACCGCCAAGAGUUUACUCCGAGGUAUGAGAAUAGCACAAUCUGGUUUUCCUUCCAUGGAUGUCGAGCAUUUUCAUCCCUGAUUUUUCUUGUUCAUAACCAAAAACACCAAUGAAAUCUUUGGGAUAUGCCAGUUCUAGCUGGCUAGUUCUUGGUUAGUAGCACUCUAGAUGGCCUGGUUUUACAUGUUUGUAUUACUUGGAAAAGAAUCAUUGUAUACUUUUCUAUUGUUGUGUUGUAACAUAACAACUCAAAACAUCAGAAGAAAAAAAUGGAGCUAGAAGAUGGUGAUUUAAAAAAAAAAAAAACCAAAUUUAAUCAGGCCUGAUAAAAAUUCACCACAUUUGGUUUUAUGAA